UGUGGGAUGGACAUUGAAAGUGCAGUGUACAGUGUUUGGGGCGGGUGUAGGAGUGGGUUACGCGUCUAUGUCGCUAUGGUUACGGUGUCGCGGUUCUUGUUUACGUCAUUAAGGUCAACGAUCUAGCACAGCACUGUAGCUAGUACGAAGCAUUACGCCCAGAUUUCGGCUCGAUAAAAUAUCUUAUUUAAAUGUGGGCGAUUUUUGUGUCUACGCUUCAAACUAUGUGCUUGGCAACAUUGGGCAGCUUGCUGGUAGAGGAAACAAGGGCUUGACAGCUCUCUUGGGGCAGACAUUGGAUCUGCAAGUAUGGAUAACAGAGUCACUUCUUGGCCUCCUAAUCAGAGAACAGCUAUUCUGACUAAUCAGUGGGACUCUCUGGAGACAGACCCAGAGAUUUUGGCCCAGGAGAGAGUCUGCAAACAGCAGCUAAGAAUGCACAUUGGUGAUCACAUCUUGCCUCAAGGAAAGCUGAAUGACAGUUUAAAGGAAGGAAAUUGGGAAGUGGCAGUUGGAAACAAUAUUCCACAUGAAGACGAGGUGGUUUCUGAUAGAAUUGAAGUAGCACCACAUUCACACAGAACGGGGGAACCUGGAAGAGAUGCUAUCAAAAGCAAACCGGAUGCCUGUGAUGCCUGCUCAGAAUUGUGCUGUUACCCAAACUGGAACCCCAGUGAAAAGGGAACUGUCAUCACUGAGAGUUUAAAGUGCCCCGUCUCGGAAUAUCACCACUUUUUUCAUCAAUCGCAGAAGCCAUUUAUAAGAGGAUAUAGAUACAUAGCUGAUACAAGAUCAAUGAUUCCUAUUUCUGGCAGCGACUGCAAUCAGCCUUACCACCUUCACCCCCAAGAUGGCCAGGUUAGCCCAAUAACAACACAAUGCUAUCACAGCAAUGGUUUGCUUCAGAGCUCACCAAAAUCCAACUCAUCUCAUAGUUGUAGAGAUCGCAAUACCCGUCAGCAGACCAAAGACCAGCCAAAGAUUGGCUGUCCCAAUGUGGAUGCCAAUAUUGAAAGAUCUCUUGAGAUGUCGGAGCACACAGAGGCAGUGCAUACGAUGAACUUGAAAGAAUAUCAAACCUGCAACCGGAAGGACCUGCAACACAUCUCUCCACGAUCAUUUCCGACCUCACCCACAAUAGAGAGUUCUCAGAUUCGCUUGAAGAAAAAACGACAUACACACACCGAAGACCUCGUCGAGCGGAACAAAAAAACACUAGGCCGCAGCACAUCUGGCAAUGGAUCCUAUGCAGACGUGCAUGCACUUCAGCAGAAGAACCCUUGCAUUGGUAAAAAGCAGCAUGGAACUGCUCAAAAGGUUGCCACCGGAGAGUGUCCAAAAGAGAGUUCGGAUCCGGAACAAAGUUUAAGCCAACAAUUGAAGGUCACCCAUAUCAUUGAAGGAAGUAAAGAACAGAGCAAUAUGGAACGUUACUUCAGGAGCAUGGAGAAAAGCCCUGAAUUAGAAAGGACAGCUGCACUAAAAUGCUAUUUAUCAAUUAAGGAGAGUGAAAAGAAGAGGUGUCUCGAAAAUGUCCCCACAAUACCUUUGUGUGCUUCAGAGAACACCGGAGUCUAUACCAAGUUGCCACCUAUUAUGCCAAAGCAGUGCUUUAGACAGUGUGUGAAGACAAUCAAUCCCAACAAUAGAAGCAGCUCUGCUGAUUUCUUGACACAGAUGGAAGAUAAGAAGAGGACAAGAACCAAUUACAAGACAUACAGCCUGAAAGAAUACAAAGAGUUGAAGCUAGAUGUGAAGCUACAAGGUCUAGGCCCUGACUACACAGCAGUGAAGAAGCAAGCUGAGAAGAUGAUCCAACAGAAGCUGUAUUCAAAUGCGGUCCGCGAGAGGAACAAAAACAUGACUAAGAUUCCCUUUCUGUUGGCCAAGGACCCAGUAGGCAAAGACAGGAAAGUUCCCAGGAUUAAGGCUUUGGAGUAUGCUAAGACCAUAGUCAAGCCUCUCAGUCAGCCUCCUCAAUCAAAAUCAAGUAAAACACAACAGUUGGGAGAUUCUAUUGGACGCACUCCUUGUACUGAGAGCUGGAACAUUUCCCAACAGGCCACCGUUGACCUUCUUAUGAAACGUCAUCAAGAAGAAAAAGAGGCCCUCUCUAGAAAGGUGCAUGUUAUUUGAGGAAAUCGAAGAGUCUUCUUGUUGAAGAUUGGCUUCAUUGAUUAUCUCUUAAAGCUAUUAUUUGUGAUGAGUUGCUAAUUUCUUCUUUUUUCUUUCAUUAAAUUUUUGUUUUUGUUGAGUUUCUUGCGGCAGCACGGUGAUCGACAUGUUAGCACGUCCGCCUCAGUGCAGAGGUGCAGGGUUCGAUUCUGGCUCUGGCCUUCCUGUGUGGAGUUUACAUGU